CUAGUUUAUGUGAUGAAGUCAAUCGUGAAUACUAUGUGGAUAAAAACACUUUACCUUACUUACAACUUAAUAUAUUUAUUGUUACUAAUGCAGUAAAAAAGUUUAAUAUUCAAUUUUUAAAGUAUCCAAACGUAGAACUUGACUUGGAGUCUUUUAUAGUUAUAACUUCAAACUAUCCAAGUCAUUUAUAUUCUACAAUCAAUAUGUUAACUGUACUUUUUUUUGAGAUUGUCAGCAACUUGUGUGGAAGAUUUACAGGAUUGUACUUAAUUGAUGUUGUUGCAACAUUAUUGUAGUUUUAUGAUUAUGCCUUUUUUUGAGUUCAAUUGCUGUGACUUUUUGCCAUGUCAAGGUAAAAUGCUUUUCAACUCUUCUCAAAAGUUGUUGAAGCAAUUCCAAUCUAACAAUAAUGUUGUACAUGAUGAUGAGGGUCAAUUUUAAAACUUUAGUAUUAUUAGUAUUAGUGGCAAUUCUUAGUUCUUUAUUUACAUCAUGGAACCGAUGUAGUACAUUUUUUAUAAAAAAUAACAAAAUUUGGAAAUCACAAAUUCAACAAAAAAAUAACUUUAAUGAUCUCAAUUAUCAAGAAAUUGGAUGUUUGAUAAAUGGCAGAGAAACAAUUAGCUGUCGUAAAGAAGGAGAUGAAGUUUAUGUUCCAUUUUCUUUUUUAAAAAAAUAUUUUGAGAUUUAUGGCAAAGUAGUAACAAAUGAUGGAUUAACAAGAUUUGAUUGGUAUCACAGCUAUUCAAAAAUUAUUGACCAAAAAACGAAAUAUGAUCCAAGAGGAGUAUUUAUGACUUUUGAAAAUUACAAUGUUGAAGUUAGAGAAAGAGUAAAAUGUAUAAGUGGCGUUGACGGUGUUCCAAUUUCUACUCAAUGGGAAAGCCAAGGCUAUUAUUACCCAACUCAAAUAGCACAAUUUGCAUUAUCCCAUUAUAGUAAAAAUCUUACAGAACCAGAAUCUGUAAAAAUAGUUAUUGAAAAUGCAGAUACUGUUAAACCAAAUUGGUUUGUUCCUCAUGGUUCAGUUGUUAGUAGGAUUUAUGAUAGGCAAGUUAAUAGUUAUGUGUUCAAAUUUGAGUCUUUGGAAACAAGUGAUUCUGGUAUUUCUCUAAACUUGGACUAUAUGUUAAAACUUACUUUAAAGCUUGAUUUAUGCUUAAUAGAUAAUAGCAGUAUAACUGUUGAAUUACAGUUAAAAGAUAGAAAAGAUACUUAUUAUUUACACUAUAUAAGUAAUAAUAUUGUCUUGAAUUCAAACAAUAAUAAUAUAUACUAUGGAAUCGGACAAGUAUAUAAUCAAUGGAAACGCUUAACUAGGGAUCUAAUUAUUGAUUUACAAAAGGGUUUAAAUUUUAUUGAUAAAACAAAAAGAAAACUUUUGAGAUCGAAAUUAAAAGUUGUUAGAAUAAUAUUAAAUGGUUCAGGUAUGAUAGAUAAUGUUACUCUAUCUACUAGUGAACAUAUGGAGCAAUUUUUUGAUGCAGCGCGAUGGUUUGUGGCUAAUCAGAAUAUUACUUCUGGAGGAUGGCCUAAUCCUGUUAAACGAAAAGUUGCCAAUGGUAUGGCUAUUCUUGAACCUGGGUGGUAUUCCAGUAUGGGUCAAGGACAUGCUUUAUCUGUAUUAUCUAGAGCUUUUUAUAAUUCUGGAGAAACUAAAUAUCUGGAAGCAGCUAUUAGAGGACUUCAACCAUUCCAUGUAUUAUCAGCAAAAGGCGGGGUUGCAGCAUAUUUUUUAGAUAAAUAUGUGUGGUAUGAAGAGUACCCAACUACUCCUGCAUCUUUUAUACUUAACGGUUUUAUUUAUUCACUGAUUGGCCUGUAUGAUCUUAAGAGUGUUGCAUCUGGAAAAGAUGCCAAAGAUGCUGAACAAUUGUUUAAUAGAGGCAUGACCUCUUUAAAAAAUAUGCUUACUCUUUUUGACACUGGCUCUGGAACAACAUAUGACCUUAGACAUUUUACACUGAAAAUAGCUCCUAAUAUUGCUCGAUGGGAUUACCAUUCGACUCAUGUAAAUCAACUUCUUUUAUUAAAUACAAUUGAUAAUGAUCCAAUAUUUUUAACAACUGCAGAGAGAUGGAUAGACUAUAUGAAUGGUAAAAGAGCAUCUCAUAAUUAGCAUUUCAACUAUGCCCAUUUCAUUGCAUAAUAGAUUAUUUUGAGAAAAGUAUUUGUUUUUUUUUUGUAAUUGAAAAAAAAUUUUGUAAGAUAAAAAUAUUUAAA